AUGUCCUCCACAAUAGGUCUCCAAGGCCGCCUGAAAGAGCUCUCCACUGCCCUAGGCCAGACCCAACCUCUCGUUAACCGAUUACGCGAUUUUACGGCUUCCAUUGGACAAGGCGAUGAGGCGCGCCUCGAGCUUGGGAGCGAGAUACACUCUCGGUUGAAGGAGGCCGAGCAGGAGUUGGAGUUAUUGCGGGUUGAUGUUGAGGCACUUGAAACUGGCACCGAUAGCAGGCGAAAGGCUUCGGCCUCUCAGGGCGAGAAGGAGGCUGAAAGGGAGCGGGUUGCUGCCAUGGCGGGGCGGUUGGCUGAGGAGCUUAAGAGAACGCGAGGCGACUUCCGAAAUGCACAGUUGCAAGCGAAGCGGAAUGCAGAGCUCGCUAAGCGGAAAGAGAGAGUUGCUGCUAUCGCGGUCAACGACUUCUGA